AUGAGGAUAGCCAUCCUCCUGAGCCUUCUGUUCAAUGCUGCAGCUGCUUCUCACCAACUACACUACCUGGUGGUGAUCCCUGCAGCUCUCCAGUACCCAUCCACCCAGGUUGCCUGCCUCCAUAUCACCUGUCAUGAUGCAAAAAUUCAAGUGAAUCUGGCCUUGGAGUACUCUGCAGGACAGGAGCUCUUAAUGCAAGAAACCAUCCAGAAGAAGAAGACUUUCCUGUGCACUAAGUUCUGGGUUGCCCCUCCAGCUGAUGGCACAGAGGAGGUUGCCACUGUAAAACUGACCAUCACAGGAGAUGGGGUCAAUAUUGAGGAGCAGAAAAAGGUCCUGAUCUGUCAGGGCAGGAAUGGCACCAUCAUCCAAACAGACAAGCCCAUCUAUGAACCAGGGCAGACAGUGAGAUUUCGCAUUGUGACUCUGGAUGAGGAAUUCCUUGCACUCAACAAUUCGAUUUCCCUGUUUCUCCUGGACCCUAAGAACAACCAGAUAGAGCAGUGGCAGGACGUGGUCCCUCAGGAUGGCAUUGCAGACCUGUCUUUCCAGCUGAGUGACGAGCCCCUGCUGGGAACGUACGUCAUCAAUGUCACCAGCACCAGAGCCUACGGCAGCUUCUCUGUCACAGAGCAUGUGCUGCCAGAAUUUGAAGUGAUCCUUGAGGCACCAAAUCAGAUUUAUGCACUAGAUACAACCUUCCUGCUCCGGGUAUGUGGCAGAUACCCUCGUGGGAAAAGUGUCCAGGGGAUGGUUCAUGUGAGACUUUGUCAGAAGAUAGCCCCAUUCCUGCCCACUGCUUCCAAACCCGAUCUCUGUCACAAAUUCAGCAACCAGACAGAUGAGGCAGGUUGCUUCCUCACAAACGUGAGCCUGUCCUCCUUCAGCCGAGACUUUCGGUACUAUCGGGACAGCAUAGUUGUAGAGGCCUCGCUGGUGGAGGAUGCCACAGAGAUACAGGUCAAUGCUUCCCACAAAUUACUUAUCUCCAGGAUUGGCGGGAUGGCCUUGUUUAAUGAUGUGAAUUCUUACUACCAUCCUGGACAGAUGUACAGAGGAAAGAUUAAAGUAAUUGAUUACCAAGGCAAGGCACUGAAGAACAAAGAAGUUCUCCUCGUAGUAAACUAUGCUGAGCAGCAAUUUAGGCAGAAGUACAUCACUGGGGAGUCUGGAACAGCUUCAUUUAGCCUGGACACCUCUGCCUGGAACAGCACCUUGGCCUCCCUGGAGGCAAGUGUCCUGCAUCAAGAUUCAGACAAAGAGCCUGGGACAGCUGACUUGAAUUUUCAGAGAGCCUCUUACUUCAUAAAUCCGUUCUAUAGCACCAGCAGGAGCUUCCUCUCUAUCAUCCGUGUACCAGAGAAGAUGCCCUGUGGUAAAACGCAGUCUGUCCAGGUGGAUUUCAGAAUUUAUGAGGAAGACCUGGAACAUGGGCCCAAGCGCGUCAUUUUCUCCUACUUUGUCACAGGGAAAAGAGGGAUAGUCCACGCAGGUCAGCAGACUGUUUGGGUUGGGCUGCCAAGAAUGCUGGAAGGCUCCUUCUCCAUCCCUCUUACAUUCAGCUUGACCUAUGCCCCAGCUCCAAGACUUGUUGUUUAUGUCAUCUUCCCUAAUGGAAAAAUCAUUGCCGAUUCUGCCAUCUUCAGUGUCUCCACGUGUUUCAGAAACAAGGUGGAGAUGGGCUUCUCAACGCCAGAGACUCUUCCUGGCUCACAGGUUGGCCUCCGCCUGCAGGCAGCUCCUGGCUCCACAUGUGCUGUCUGGGCUGUGGAUCCAAGAGCCUUUUGGAGGAAGCCAGGAAAGGAACUGAGCAGCCGCUCGAUCUAUGGGCUGUUUCCAUCUGUUUAUAACUCCAGGUAUCCUCGCCAAGUGUCUGAAGAUGAUAGUUCAUGCGGGUUCCCAAAUUCUGAUGGGCCGGAUGUGUUUACGGCAUUUAGGGAAAUGGGAUUGAAAAUUAUGUCCAACACCAAUAUCAAGAAACCCAGAGUAUGUCCAGCCACUCCAUCAACAACUAAGCUGCGGGGAACAGGAAUGUCUAUUUCCAGACCCAUGCUGACCUUUGCCCAGCCCCAUAAAUUGUAUAACAGUAAGCAUUUGUCAGCUCAUCUGACAUCAACCUAUCAGCCCACUAUGUUUCCACCUUUUUCUUCAUCUGAAGAGAAAGGACACAAGCAUUUUCACCAAACCUGGCUGUGGGAUUUAUAUUCUGUGGGCCCCAGUGGGAACAAGAGUGUCACUGUCACUGUGCCUGAUGCCAUCACAGAAUGGAAAGCAGGAAUGUUCUGCACAGGACGUAAUGGCUUUGGGUUUGCUCCAGCCUCCUGGCUGGUUGUUUCCAAGCCCUUUCUUGUGGAGCUGCCGCUGCCAUCUUCUGUGGUCCAGGGUGAGACCUUCAACUUAAAGGCCACAGUCUUCAACAACCUGCAGCAAUGCAUGAGGAUCCAAGUGACCCUGGAGGAGUUUGCACACUUCCAGCUGAAGCCAUGCAAAGGCUGUGUCUACAGCAGCUGCUUAUGUGCCAGGGAAGCCAAGACCUUUCAGUGGAGCAUUACAGCUGAGCAACUGGGGCUCAUGAACAUCACCCUCAGCACUGAGGCUGUGGCCACCAAAGAGCUCUGUGGUGAGGAGAUACCAUUCGUCCCAAAACAAGGACAGAAAGACAUAAUCACCAAACUCAUUCAAGUCCGGCCAGAGGGAGUGUUGGUAGAAAAGGCUCACAGCUCCAUCCUGUGUCCCGAAAAAGGGAAUCCAGCAGAGGAGUCUGUGUCUCUGGUGUUGCCUCUAAAUGUGGUUGAAGGUUCGGUCAGAGCCACCGUCUCAGUCACUGGGGACCUCAUGGGGAUGGCACUGCAGAACCUGGACCACCUGGUGCAGCUGCCCCACGGCUGUGGGGAGCAGAACAUGGUGCUGUUUGCCCCCAUUGUCUAUGUGCUGCAGUACCUGGAGAAGACGAGGCAGCUGAGCCCUGAGAUCAAGGACAGGGCAACGGGAUUCCUGCGCAAUGGGAGGUGUAGAUGGGGAAGUCCCCUUGGCUGCCUACAUCACUGCUGCUUACUUGGAGGCAGGAGUAACAACAGAGAUGGGCAGAUCCACUGGAGUCAGACCUCAUCCGAGCCCAGAACCAGUACCAGCCCUUGGUCACAGCCAGUGUCUGUGGAUGUGGAGCUGACAGCCUACAUCCUGCUGGCCCUGCUCUCCAAGCCAAAUGUCACAGAGUCUGACCUCGCCACGGCCUCUGGCAUCGUGGCCUGGCUCACCAGGCAGCAGAAUGCCUAUGGAGGCUUUGCCUCAACACAGGACACAGUAGUGGCCUUGCAGGCAUUGGCUAAGUAUGCAGCACUGACACACAGCACACAGGGGGAUGCAGAAGUGAGAGUGAAGUCCCACGGAGGCUUUGGGAAGAAGUUCCAGGUCUCCUACCAGAACCGGCUGCUGGUGCAGGAGGCGGCACUGACAGAGGUCCCGGGCGAGUUCUUGGUGCAGGCCCAGGGCAGCUGCUGUGUCUUUACUAGGAUGGUGCUGAGGUACAACACGCCCUCCCCACAAGACUCAACAUCCUUUGCCUUGCAAGUGAAAACUGAGCCUGUCAAUUGCACCAAGGACGAUACACGCUCUGUAACUGUCCAAGUUCAUGUCAGGUACAAUGGGAAGAAAUCCACUUCCAACAUGGUGAUUCUGGAGGUGUCCUUACCGACUGGAUUUUCCCUGGCUCCAGGAUCUGUAAGAAGUCUGCAGCAUGGGCACUCUGUGAGAAGAACUGAGAAAACACAAGGAGGUGUUGCCAUCUACUUGGACAAGCUGAGCCAUAUCUCUGACACAUAUGUCCUGCAUCUGGAGCAGGAGAUUGAGGUGACCAACCUGAAGCCAGGCCAUGUCAGGGUUUAUGACUACUACAGCCCAGAGGAGCAGGCCCUGGCUGACUAUAAUGUCUUCUGCAUCUGAGGGACUUGGGCUGUUUCCUUACUGUCCACUGC